UCAAUGUGCGUGUACGAUAAAACUGAGAUUACAAAUGAGGAUAACUCACAUUUCCUUCCAAAAAUCCCAAAUUCAAACCGUUUCCUUCCCUCCCCCCGCAAUGUACAUUUGAGGAAGUAAGGCACCAAAAGCCGAUGGUAGAAUGCGCUCAGUCUCAAACAGACCUUGCACCAAGAAAGCCAUGGUUCACUCUGCUGUUGCUUUCGUCUUCAUUCUGAGCUUCAUCUCUCGGAUUGAAGCAUUUCCGAAUGGGGCUCCGCAAAGUGUCUGCGCCAGCAUGACACCUGGACAUGGUGUAGCAACUCAACAAAGUUCAUCUCCAUUCGUAACAACCACACCUAACGGGGAAAUUGCUUUGCCGGGCAGUCCCGUGCAGCUGGAACUACGCCCUCAAAAUGGUGAUACUGCUUUCAGAGGUUACUUUGUGAUGGCGUUCGAUCGAGCUGACGAUUCCAAACCGAUCGGCACGUUUCAACAACCGAUGGACGGCAAAUUAAUCGAUUGUUCCGGUGGCAUGCAGAACGCCGUGACACACAGUAACAAUAACGACAAGAAAUCAGUGAAGAUCGAAUGGACCCCCCCGUCUGAUUAUUCGGGACAAGUCGUAUUUAAGACCACAUUUGUGCAAAAAAAGGAGACAUUUUGGGUCAAAACGGAAUCAAAGGUUGUCUCUGUCGUGACAGAAGCCCAAGGUUCACCCAGAAUGGUACCUAAAUCGACGGGCAGUUCUGCAUGGCAAGUCAGUCCCAUUUUCGCCAAUUUGAUCGCUCUCUUUUUCGCGGCUAUUUCGAUGCUGUAACGUUCCACCAUUUCUUUCUGUUCACCUGCUUGUUUAUUACCAAUGCCAUAACACACACACACACACCUUAUGUUAUAGUCUAUACUGCUUUGAAAAUGACGAAAUAAAAAAGAUCAUUUUCGGUG